GGGCGAGGGGCAGAGCCCUAGCCGGUAACUCUCCUCCGAGAUGGCGGCGCUGUCAGUGUCUGGCGUUACCAGAAGAGGCCUCACGUGGAUAGUCUUAGGGGCACCACGCAGAGAAUUUUGGUCUCGAUUCAGAAAAGAGAAGAAGCCAGUGGUGGCUGAGGAAGUAGAAGAAGUGAAGAAAGAGCCUGUUUUGGUGUGUCCACCCUUACGAAGCCGAACAUACAUACCACCCGGGGAUCUCCAGAGUCGUUUGGAAUCUUGUGUCAAAGAGAUUUUUGGCUCCUCUAACAAUUGGCAGGAUGUGUCCCUGGAAGAUGGCCGUCUGAAGUUCAGUUUCUUGACACGUUUAGCUGAUGACUUGGGCCAUGCAGUGCCCAACUCCAGGCUUCACCAGAUGUGCAGGGUCAGAGAUGUUCUUGAUUUCUACAAUGUGCCUAUUCAGGAUCAAUCUAAGUUUGAUGAACUUACCACCAGUAAUCUGCCUCCCAAUGUAAAAAUCACUUGGGGUUACUGAGCCCUUUCAGAAGAGGAGAACAUUAAGAUCAGUUUGUCCUGAGCAAGGGGGCUGGUUAUUAAUUAGACUUUUGAUACUUUACCAUGUGAAAUGCUAUUAGACGUGUUCUGUAAACCCACUUUUUCUGUGGAAGAAUGAAUUAUCUGUUUUACUCAUCAUGAAUUAACAAAUAAGAUUUUCUUUUUUCAUAUUUGCUGAAACUUUUUUUUAAUGGAAUCAAGUCAUUAAUCAUGUAUGAAAAUUUUCUUUUCUGGAGGAUACUAAUUAAACUUGGGUUUAAGAUACAAGACUCUUAUAUGUUCAGAACUGGUCUUUAUUCUGUAUAGGAAUAAAACAGUAGAUCUAAAAACGGGUUUUAAUCCUGCUAGGACUCUUAAACCUAAGGUGGUAUUAUUAUGUAUAGUACGUAUACAAAUAAGGAAACUUAGAUAUGUAUAAAAGAAAUGUAAAAAUCUAUGUUGUAUAUUACAGCAAGUUGUUUCUUUCAUGUCUUUACUACACAAGUAAAAAUAGUAGAAAAUGAUACUGUUCAUUUUAGAUAAAUCUCUUUUGGAAUUAAAGUAAAUUUUUGGAA